AGCCGGAAAGUGGUAUGGAGGUCACAAAUACCAGCAGCAUCAUGUGGUUCUUCAGGGACAAAGGUUUCGAUGAUCCGACUAUCGACAAGAUGUUGAGAAAAUGCAAGCAGUUGGACAAGGCCCAAAGCGAUGUGGCAUCUGAAAACUGGGACUACCUGAGGAACAUUGUCGGUAUCCAAGAGAGAAAACUCCCUUACAUCGUCUCCCGAUGCCCCAAAAUCCUGACUUUACGCCUCGAUGAGAGACUCAUCCCCAUGGUCGAGUGCCUCUCCAGUCUAGGAAGGAAUCCUCGGGAAGUUGCAUCCGCCAUUAACAAGUUUCCUCCAAUUCUCUCUCAUAGCGUGGAGGAGAAACUCUGCCCUCUUCUUGCUUUCUUUCAAGCGUUGGGUGUGCCUGAGACUCAACUUGGCAAAAUGAUACUUUUUAACCCAAGGCUUAUCAGCUACAGCAUCGACACCAAGCUGACAGUGAUCGUCAGCUUUCUUGCUAGUCUUGGCCUUGACCAAGAUGGGAUGAUCGGCAAAGUUCUGGUCAAGAACCCAUUUCUUAUGGGGUAUAGUGUUGAUAAAAGGUUACGGCCUACCACUGAGUUCUUGAAAUCAUCCGUUGGUCUGAGUGAGGAUGGCAUUCAGUCGGUGGUCAUGAAUUUCCCACAACUUUUGUGCAGAGACGUUUACAAGAUUCUGAAACCAAAUUAUGAUUAUUUGAGGGAGUGUGGCUUUGGAGAUUCCCAGAUAGCAACCAUGGUGACUGGUUAUCCCCAAAUUUUGAUUAAGAGUAUUAAGAAUUCACUACAACCUAGGAUCAGAUUCCUAGUCCAGGUGAUGGGAAGAGGCUUGGAUGAAGUGGCUUCUUAUCCUGAAUUCUUUCACCAUGGAUUGAAGAAGAAGGUAGAAUCAAGGUUUAAACUUGUUAAAAAGAACAACAUUGUCUGCAGCCUUAGAGAAAUGCUGGACUGUAACACAAAGAAAUUCCAUGAGAAGUUUGGCUUUUCAGAGGUAACUGCAAGCUUCUAGCUUUUAUAUCUCUCUAGUUUUCCUUCAUCAGGCUCUCUCUGUAAGCUAUUUUCAGCUUGUGCACCAAUUUCUGGCACGAACUUUUUCCUUCACUGAUUGUGAUAUCAAUAGAGUGUUUUCCAGAUA